UUUCCGAAAUAAAGUUAAAAAACAAACCAAAUGCUUUAUUUUUUUAAAUAAUCCCAAUUUUUAACAUACAUACUGACUGGUAUCAUAUGGUAGGCUAUACAUUUAUACUUGUUUUAACUAUUUUCCUGUUGUAAACUAAACACUAUUAUUAGAAAUUUUAGACAAAACUUCAUAACUUUUUCGCGGAAAUUUUAAAUAUUUAUUAUAUUUACACAAUUUAAAUGCAUUUGAUAGCCCGAAAAUAAUAUACUUUUAUACCCUUACCCUUACCGCAAUAUAAUUUUCCGACCCUAUAAAGUAUAUAUAUUCUAGACCUUAUUGGUAGCGGAGUCGAUUAAUUUAGCCCCUAAACAUUCGAAUUUCUAAAAAUCCCUUCUUAGUUUAGGAUCUAUUUAGUGGGAGACCAAAUUUCAGCUCAUUAGCUUCAAACAGCCUAAACGGUUGAAGCUGUGUUGAAUCAGUCAGUCAGUCAGUCAGUCAGUCAGUCAGUAGCGUUAUAAAUUUAUAUACAUAUAUAAAUAGAUAAAAAUGUAUAUUCAUAUAUAGAUAGUAUAUGUAUAUAAAUGCAUACAUUAGUUUAAUCUACUAUAUGUUUAAUGUAUUCAUAUUUAAAAAUUUAUACAUAUAUAUAUGUAUGCAUAUAGUACAUAACCCUGUGUAAGUAGAUAUAAAUAUGAAUAUUAAUUCAUUUUCACCACUACUUAUUCUAUAAAUAAAGUGUCUUUGAUUUAAAAACGAUCAUUAGUAUAGUUCUAUUUAAGUGAAUUAAAGUAAUAAAAUUGAUCUAUUUUAAACUAUAUAUAUUUAUAAAAAAUGACAUUUUGCAAAAGUAAUAUAGUUUUAUGGAUCGCAUUGGUUUUAGUUGCUAUUGCUGUAACAUUCAGUUUAAUAAUUAUUGGCCUCAAAAAAGAUACAUCGGACCAUGCAGUUGGAGCUGUAGCUUCAAAUGGUGAAGAAUGUGCUGAAAUUGGAGGACAAAUGUUAAAAGAUGGAGGUUCCGCAAUUGAUGCCGCUAUAUCAACUCUCUUAUGUGAAGGAGUAAUAUUACCUCACAGUUUAGGUAUUGGCGGUGGUUUCGUUGCUACUAUAUAUACAAAAAAAACUGGUAAAGUUGAGACUUUAAUUGCUCGUGAAACUGCACCGGCUGCAUCUCAUCAGGACAUGUUUAUUGGUAAAGAAAUUACUGGAGCAAUUUCUGCUGCUAUACCCAGCGAAAUUUUCGGAUUUUGGCAAUUACAUAUGAAAUAUGGAAAAUUACCGUGGAACAAAUUAUUUAAGCCCACUAUUGAUUUAUGUAAAAACGGACAUAAGGUCUCAAAGUAUUUGGCAAAUGUUUUGACAUUAAACUCAGAACGCAUACGUAAAGAGCCAUCAAUGGCCGAAAUCUUUAUAAAUCCUAGCACAAAUAACCUAUACAAGGAAGGUGAAAUUAUGUAUCGCCCUCAAUUAGGUGAGACUUUAUCAAUAUUGGCUGAAGAAGGUCCCGAAACAAUGUAUCGCGGUGGUCGUAUUGGAAAAAUGCUUGUAGAAGAUAUUCAAAAUAUGGGAGGCAUAAUAACAGAAAAGGAUUUGCAAGAUUAUGAGGUCCGAUGGGAAAAGCCAAUUGUUGCUCGAUUUACUGGAGGUUAUGAAUUAUAUACGACACCUUUACCAACGAGUGGUGCUAUCUUAGCAUUUAUUUUAAACGUAAUGGAACCUCUUUAUACAAGACACCAUGACAUCUAUUGGCAACGUGUUGUUGAAACAUUUAAACAUGCGUACGGUCAUCGUACAAAUCUGGGAGAUAUUCAUUUUGAGCCGCAGGUAUCUAAGGUGUACGAACAAUUAAUGAGCCCUGCUUUCGCAGCAGAAAUUAGGGAUCUAAUUAAAGAUGACCACACUUUCACUGAUAUGGCCUACUACGGUGCUAACUUUACAAAUGUAGAAGAUCAUGGUACAGCCAAUAUGGUUGUGUUGGCACCAAACGGUGAUGCUAUAUCGGUAACUAGUACCAUCAAUAGUCACUUAGGUGCAAAAGUUCGUUCUCGUCAAACUGGUAUUAUUUUAAACGAUGAAAUGGACGAUUUUUCCACUCCCGGCAAAGUUAAUGCUUAUGGAAUACCUGCAUCGCCAGCAAAUUAUAUUAAACCCGGAAAACGGCCAAUGUCAUCCACUUGCCCAAGUAUAGUAUUGGAUAAAAAUGGUCACGUUCAACUGUUAGUAGGUGGUGCAGGUGGUUCUAGAAUCACCACAUCCGUAGCUCAGACAAUUUUACGCUAUUUCGUUUUCGACGAAUCCAUUGAAAAAUCAGUAAAUUCUGGUCGGAUACACCAUCAACUGGCACCCAUGGUUGUUGAUGUUGAACCUGAGGUACCUGAUCAUACCGAAGAAUAUUUUAUUAAAGUCGGACAUGAUAUAAAUUAUUUGCCACCCAAUAGAGCAUUCUCGGCAUUGACAGCCAUUGGAUUAAAAAGCAAUUGGCCCCAACCAAUUUGUGAUCGUCGACGAGUUGGUAGUGCUGUGGUUGUUCACCAGCAAAAUUAAAUUGUUAUAAUAUGUAUAGUAAAUAAAAAUGAAAAUAAAAUAUAAAAGCACUAUUAAAUACUGAAAUGUUAUAUGGAAUUA